AUGGAGAUGGCGGAAGAUGAAGAUGUGCGGAAAGACGCGUCCUCCGAUUUGGAGAGACUUCCCAACGAGCUGCUGGCCUACAUGUUCUUCGAGUUGCUCCACCCCACCGACCUUCUCCCCCUCAGCGCACUUCCUUCCACCCCCUUCUCGUGGAGCACCCGCAGCACUGUGGCUGCCUCAGCCUUCACCAACCCUGUCCUGAACCAGGUGUGCCGACGUUGGCGGGCGUUGUUGAGAGGAGGCGAGGGCAGCGGUGGCCUCUGGCGGUCUGCGUGUCUUCGCCGCUGGAGUGCCGGGUUGUGGACCGACAGCCGGCUGGUGUUGGCGGCAGACAUCGGAGAGCUGCCUGUCGGUGGCGGUGCUGGUGAGGACUGGAACGCGUUGGCUGAAGGUGACAGGCUCUGCCCGCUCGCCUGGCAAAAGGUGUACAUGAAGCUUGAUGCCAUCGGGCGGCGGAGAGUAGAUCGUCUUCUCCUGGUCGAAGCCAUGACGAACAAAGUGUUCAUCAUCGCUCCCGAUGGCUCCGACAAGCACGAACUGUCCUCGGCGGCUGGUGGCUCCCGCAGUCCCAUGUUCUCCCCGCACGGCGACAAGGUGCUGUGGGUCGAGAUUAACGGCAGGCGAUUCCCUCGCGGGCGGGUGUGCGUUGCUGAUACCUCUGGCAGGAAGCCGGUCAAAUCCUGGGACGUCGAUUUUAUGCCGUUCUUUGCGUACUUUGCGCCCUGCGGCACUCGAGUGGCCUUGCUGGCCAAUGACCCCAUUAUGAACACCAUCCAGCUGCUCGUGUUCGACCUGCUCGGCAACGAACAAUCCGCUCGCACCAUCAGCACCGGCAGGCCGUACUAUUUUACGUGGGCGCCCGACAAGCUGAGCCUUCUGGCGAAGAAGAACAUGCGUCAGCUCGAGCGCGUCGAGAUCGACCCAAGCACGGGCGACCUCAGGUCGAUCGUCCAACUGCCCGUGGAGGGCAAGCUGGGCAGCUUUGCCACGCCGGCUUGGGUGGGGACGGCGCAAGAGAGCGGCGAGGACACCUUCAUGUACGCCGUACGAGACACCACCUGCCAGCGAAAGGGACAGAAACUCGUGGUGGCCACUCUCUCCACCCUCUGCCAGAAUCGCAGCCUUGGCCGCAUCCAGAGCGAGCCGCUGCAGCACGAAAUGAACGAGCUCUGCCGUGUGGCCAGUUUCCGGGAGGACACCCUCUCGUCCUUCAUCCUCAGCAGAGACCGGCAGAAGGUGGCCUACGCUCUCGACAACAGCGGGUCGCUCUACGUCAGCGCCGUCAAGCGACCGUCCUGUGCACCCGAUCCACCACUCGGCGGCCCUCACGGAGAGCAUGAGGAAGAGCGGGUGAUGGCCGCGACUAAGGACAGGAUAGCCGAGUUCGCCGACACAGUGCGGUUGCUGGCCUACUUCUGGAGUCCCAACGGACGCUAUCUCCUGUACCUGGUGCUGGACUACUCAUCGUUUGGCUACAAUCUUCACGCCGCGGGAAGCACGUUGAGCUUCCCCAACGGCAAGUUUGCGGCGUCUGAGCAUUUUCUACGCAACUACGUCUCCUUCUUCGACCAAUACGCCCAGGUGCUGACCCUGUUCAGCCCGGACAGCGAUGCGUUCGUGUACUGUGGUAGUUCUCCGCUGGCUCCGGGAGUCGACGCGGUCUGGGUGCAGGACAUCGACCCCAACACUCCGCCGCGGCUUGUCGCCCAGGGCUGCGUCUUCGCCGCCUGGUCGCCCCAGUAG